GGGAGAGUUUGGGGCUUCGCGGGUCGGAAAUGGUCUGACCUCCGUUGAUCCUGCGGCCUUUCAGCGGCUUUCGGCCGGAGGCAACUUCUCUGCUCCCGCGGGAGAGCUGCGGCGCACUUUCUGCGAGUGGUUGGCGUCUGUCCGCCGGGGGUUCGAACGCGCGGCAGGAAUGCACUUGGUAGCAUUCUCCCUUCGCUCCUCCAGGAGUCUUCAAUGAGAAAGGACCCGCCGCGCGCUUCGCUCCAGUCCCGCCGCCCACUCCUCUCCGCGGCGCGCGCCCUGCGCCCCGCGCCGGCCCGGCCAUGGAGGGCAGCGGCUGGGUGCUGGUGGAGGCCCUGCUGCAGGGCGGUGCGCCGUGGGGCUUCACCCUGCAGGGCGGCCUGGAGCACGGAGAGCCGCUGAUCAUCUCCAAGGUCGAGGAGGGCGGGAAGGCCGACAGUCUGGAGCAGCCUCUGCAUGUUGGGGACGAGCUGAUCGUCAUUAACGAUGUAGAGCUGAGUGGAUUCAGGCAGGAGGCCAUCGCUCUGGUCAAAGGAUCCUACAAGACUCUGAAGAUCACCAUCCGCAGGGACUUUGAUCCUGGAUACAUUGAGGAGUUUGUUACUCCUCCUAAUUCCCUCCCUGCUCUUCCUCCUCCUUCAUCCUCAUCCUCCUCAACGCCGCAGCACACGGCAUCACUAUCCAGCAACCGCAGUCGGCCACGUUCAGCGGUCCAGCUGCGCAUCAAAAGCAGACGCAGUGAGCCGGCUUCACGUCCUCAUUCAUGGCACUCGGCAAAGCUCAGCGAGUGUCAGCAGGAGAUGGAGCAGAGAGCCGUGGACACCAUGAGCGGCGCCUGGCCCCAUAGCUACCAUGCCAGUGCCUCAACAACCAAUCUGUGUGGUGGGUUUGACUCUGGGGAAGGAUACCUUCGAAAAAGUCCAGACCAGUACAGCUCCAGGGGCAGCAUGGAGAGCCUGGACCCACCCCAGUCCUCCCAGUUUCACUCUGUGGCACAGCGCCAGCACCCAGUGGAGCUGCACGGCCACUCGGCCUCCCAGUCGACGUACUCCUCCUGCCAGCAGCUGUCCUCUGCCAGGUCCUCCAGCAGCAUUGAUCAUCUGCACAGCAAGAGGGACUCGGCGUACUCAUCCUUCUCCACCAGCUCCAGUAUCCCCGAGUAUUUUGCCUCCACCCCUUCCUUCAGUCCAGAGCGCUGCUAUUCUCUGGAAACCGUCCCUCAGAGAGCAGGAGGAAGUGCAGAGAUGCUGCAGGCUGACAUGCGCUGUGUCCGGUCAGUGCAAGACGACCAGCAGGGCCUCUGUCAGGAGCCGGAGCUCAGCUCUGGCUCCGCCUCCACGCUGGGGAGCAGCAACUCCAGAGCUGGGCUCAAACCAGGGCUUGGCCGGGAAGUUGGAGUCUGUUACCGUGGCAACAGCAGCAGCACCAGUGGGAACAACAGCGGUGGCAUCCCAGCUUGGAACAGACACAGUGUGGGACCAAUAUGGGGCCCAACAAUCAGCCACAGUUCCUCUGAGAGCCUGAAGGGGGCGCCUGCCCCACCCAGACGCAGCGACAGCUUCGCAGCCAUCAGGAACCACGAGAGACCAAACUCCUGGUCCAGUUUGGAGAACGCCCGGUCACUGCGGUCUCUGCAGAAGGGUUCCUGGCAUCACUCCAGCGGCCCUGUGGCCCCCGUCUCAGCUAAAGGUUCGUACGGGAUGGAGGGUCAGCUCCACACCGUCAUAGAGAAGAGUCCGGAGAGCAGCCCCACCACAAAGCCGCGGCAAGGGGGGGGAUUUCUCCAGCCCCCCUCCCCCACUAGACCCUCUGCAAGUCCCACCCCGCAGCCCGCCCGGACAGUUCUUCCUACAAGCGUGUUCCCAGUCGCCCAGCCGGAGCCACACUACGCCCACAUGCCAAGCUCCGGCCCUGGCCCGGGUCUCUGUGGAGUCGAGGAGAGCAGCCAGGGGCUUCAGAGCGCCACUCCCACGGUUGAAGGACCUCCAGAAACACGGACUGAGGAAAGGAACAGCCACCCUACUUCACUGUUCCCCCACCCCCCUUACCCUCCACCCGCCUCUGCACAGCUCAGGACUCAGACAAUGGAGGCAAACAGGCACCAAGAGCAGGACUCUAGCUCUGGAUCCUGUAGACCAAACAAAGACAGCACUGGACAGGAGCCCCAAGGCCUGAACGGGCUCCAGGGCCCCGACGGCUGGGGGCCCCACAUUCAGAGCUUUCAAGAGUCUCAAUCCCAAACGAGCCAGGGGCCUCCACCAGAACAAGGCCAGGAUGUCAGUAUUAGCCAGGUCCACUCAGGUGCUAGCCAUAAAAGCAUCUUCACACAGGAAAGGAAGAGCCACCACGCCCCACUUUAUUCCUGGGGAGACCAGAACAGACCAGUGGAGCAGAGCAGCACACCACCACAGCCAGUCUCGUCUCCCAGGCUCGCCCAGGGACAGGUACCUCCUUCCCACGUGCCGAAGCAGCCCCAGCCUUUGGCUCCACCCUCCUCCUCCUCCUCUUCCUCCUCGCAGCCUUCUUCUCGCCACUUCAGUGACUCUGCAGCUCCUCGGUAUCAGCACUGGGACCACAGAGAGCUGGACCGGGACAAUCCGCUGACCCGCCUGGAGAUCGCCCUCGCUGAGGUCCAGAGAUGUGCCAGCCCCGACGCUCCUUUCUCUGGCAGUAACCAUGACAACAGCAACGUUAGUGAUGUCAUUCAAGGACCGGCGCGCAGCCUGUCCGUUUUGGAAAAAGUCAGUCGUUUUGAGCGGCGGGAAUGUGGGGGAAGACAGCGCAGUCUCAGCACCAACGUCAGCCUCAACAGAGCCGCUCAGCUGCGGGCACCAGAGAAAGGCCGCAGCAGCCCCUGUGGAGCAGACGACCUCAGAAGUAUGCUGGAGAGGAGCACCAAAGGGACCAAAGCCCACAGGACCAUGAGCUACAGAGGAGGCAGCGGCGACUACGUGAGAUCCAGGACCCCGGCAGAUCCCAUGUCAGCCCUGCAGAGAAGUCGCAGCAGCUUCCAGCUGGAUGGAUCCAACGAAACCGAGACCAACAAGGAUUUUCCCUGGAGACAGGACAUCCAGGAGGCAAAGGCCCCUCUGCAGGAUGCAUCCUCUAACAGAUGUUCCAGGGACGUCUUGAAAGAGGCUCCCACCGCCGCCCUUUGGAACCCUUCCAUGAAGCAGUGGAACCUCAGUGCUCCUUCCAGCGCCCAUCCCUCUGCAGCUCCGCCCACUGUCUCUUCUUCCAGCAGUCAGCUGUCAUCCGUCCCUGCCAAGUGUCCCUCUCUGGAGAAAAAAGGCCCCAAGACCAUGCCCAAACCUCAGGGUAUCGUCAUCACGCCCCAGUCGCCUCCGCCGCUCACGUCCCCUCACACUCCAAAGGAGAGACACGCCGUCAGUCCAGAUGUCCCAGGCCCGAGUCCGCCAGCGCUGCCCAGGGUCCCGCCGGUCGGGCUUCCUGCUUUAAUGAGGAUCUGCGGCCGCAGGCGGCUGACGGCGGACCAGAAGAAACGCUCCUAUUCCGAGCCGGAGAACAUGAACGAGGUUGGAGUUUCAGACUCGGAGACCGCUGGGCUCUUCAGGCGUGGAGGAGAUUCUUGGCUGCCAGAAACCAGCGUGGCAGACCGGAGGAAGAUGUUUGAACUGGCAGCACGCCACGGCGGAAGCCAGGCUUCUCCGUCCAGGUCCGACCUGCGGCAGGCUCAGCAGGAUGCUCUGGCAGAGUAUGUGGAGAGGAAAAGAGGAGCAAAGAGAGGAGGCGCCGAAGGACAGCGGGGCGGGCCCAGGCCUCACAGUGUUUACUUACAGCCUGAAUACAGCGGCCACACUGACACCAUCAGCCUCUCGUCCGCCUCCAGCUUGCUCUCCCUGCAGGAAUUUGGUCCAGAUUCAAACUUCCCUUCAGGCGAAAGAGGUUUCUGUUCCAUUCUUCCUCCUGGAGCGGACCUGCGUGGCCUCCAGUCCAACUUCUUCUACCCAGGCAGAGUAACCUCACCAAGGCCGCCAGCACAGCCGCCCUCUAGUGCUUCAACAGACUCAACUCUGGAUCUGAGUUCUGAAGGAGAUGUCAGCAGACAGAGUCAUUUUCGUAGCAGAGACCCAAACCCCGGCCGGCACAGGCCGACUGCCGGGCCACAGUCCGCCCUGGAAUAUCCCCGGCAGCCCAACGGCGCUUUGGGGCGCGCGGGGCCGUCCCGCAGGCCCGGGAAGUCGGCCUCUGCCGAGGACCUGCUGGAGCGCUUGGAGACGAAGCCGAGCACUCUUCAUCACCAUCGCUCCCGGUCCUCCCCGGCAAGUGAAACCCUGACGCAGAGUUUCCCUCAGGACGGGGUCAGGAUGUUUGGGGUGUCCUUCACUGAGUCUGGGCGCUGCCCCCUGGCAGCAGACAGUCUGCCCCUCAGACCUGCUGACAUCCCUCCAGCAGCACAGCUUCCCUCUGGACGGACAGCUCAGUCCUCCGAGAACCUCCUCCAGCCUGUGGGACCCCCUCAAGACCCCUUCCACACCCCCGUCCCCCGCAGGGACCGGCCGAGGAACACGGAGCGCCCGCGAGCUCAAAGCGCCUCCAUGUUGGCGGCCUCCGUCGGCCUGCCCUGCCCCUUCUCCCCGCAGGACACAGCCGUGUGUCCCGAGUGGAAAGCCAGCGACAGGCUGAGCCGGGCCAAUUUGGAAGCCAUCUCUUUCCCAGACAUCCCACACAGCAGCAGAGGUGUCGGUUCCGGCAGUGAAGCUCUGCAGGCUGACAGACAGUCGCGACACAGUUUGAGUGACGCCGCGGUCUUAGAAGAAACCACGAAGGACGUCUACAGAAGCAGAGCCUUCAGUCUGGACACGAGGGGAACGCACCCGAAACCCGUCCCAGCUGCUUCCUCCUCCGCUUUCCCACAUUCCCAGAUUUCCACCAACAGGAAUCCCAGCGGGAGCACAGCUUCUCCUCCUGCCUCCCCCCUCCCUCGGCACCUGUCCUCCCUGAGGAUCUCGGAGUCCAGCCUCUGCAGCCCCGUCAGCCAGCAGCCGCUGGAAACCUCUUCAGCCUCUUUGAAAGCAGACCUCGAUGAGGUCUUCCUCCAUAGCCCUCCUCCUCCUCCCCCUCCUCCUCCAUCACCACCUCCCUUUCAGGAGAUUACUAUCCCAGAGGACUUCCCUCCACCUCCACCUCUUCUGGAGUUCAAACAGGAAGUGCAGCAGCAUUCAGAACAAAGCGUGACUUCCUCACCGCAGUCCUCCGCGGUCAGCCUUCUGCCGUCACCAAAGCCACCUCCACCCUUCAUCCCGGCUGAAGAGGAGCUCACUUAUGAGCCGGUGCCCAGGAGGGAGGAGACGGGUGAGGAGCUGCGAGCUCAGGCUCUGGCCCGCCAGCUGGUCCUGCAGGAGCCCUCUCUGGCCCGGCUGCUGGACCCCUGGAGGGGAAAAUCCACUGUGGAGCUGAUGGAGGAGAUCUUUCCGAACAGCCCACUGACGGACCAAUCACAGCAGCAGAGCAGGCGCGGCUCCUGUGUGGAUGGCGGAACCCGCGAGCCGCUCUGCAGUCAGAAAGAUCCAGACAGGGAGACCGAUCUGGAUGAGGAGGAGCGAGACCUCCACACUCUGAAGGUGGAGCUCUGUGAGGUCCUCAGGAACAGUGUUGUGGCUCUGCAGCAGGAGAAAGAGGCCCUGUGUGAGGAACAGCGGGGCCACAAGGCCCUGGGGGCCAGCAUUGAGGAGCUGGUGCAGGAACGCCUUAAAACUAACGAGAAGGACAAGUACAGCAUGUUCAUUGGUGAUCUGGAGAGGAUCGUGAACCUGCUUCUGUCCCUGUGCAGCCGGCUGUCCAGGAUCGACAGAUCCCUGCUGGCGCUUGAGAGGGAGGAGCUGAUGAUGGAGGACGUAGCCAAGGAGAGGGACUCCCUUCAUCACAAGCGCUCUCUGCUCCUCCGUCAAACUGAAGAUGCCCGGGAACUGAAGGAGAACCUGGACCGGCGGCAGCGGGUGGUCCACGCCAUUCUUUCCAGCUACCUCACCGAAGCCCAACUGCAGGACUACCGGCGCUAUGUCAGCACCAAACCCUCCCUCCUGAUCCGCCUGCGGCACCUGGACGAGCUCGUGCGCCUCAGGGAGCAGCAGCUGGCGCAUCUGAAUGAGAGCGCCUGGCCCACAGACCGUCUCCUCCCGAGUCCUGCCCCGGCCCCACCCCUGACCGUCGCAGGCCCGGCCCAUUCCCUCAGGUCCACCGCCGUGACGUCGCUCUAGCGCCUGCAGCUCGGCCCACGCUGAAACCACUAUGCAGACUUCACAUUUGAAGAAGAAAAGACCUAAAUGUGCCUCCUGACCGUCAGUUAGACCCGUGUUUACCUCAGCACCAGAACCCCGCCCACUGUGGACUAAACCAUAACUGCUCUGCACCAGGUUCCCGCAAUGGAGGUCUGCCCAAGAAGCUUUAAAGCCUCCCGGAAUAUCCUCUCAGAUCUAUUUUCAGGUGUGGCGGACCCACUGUCCUUCGGGGAUGCUGCUGGUGCUUUCAAGGACCUCCAGGUGGACUUCAAGUUUUCUGACUGCAUUUGGGGGGGGGGGGGGGGUGUCUUCCAAAGAAAGAGAAAAGUCAUCAGCCGUCAAACUGAGAGAGAACUGCAGCAGAAAUAAAAGCAAAGAAACAUGAAGGGAAUCUGGAAGCAUCGCCUGUGUCUGUACCGCCACCGCCGCCAUCGCCACGCCGCCUGCAGCUUCCUGCACUUUGGAGUAGACUGAAAGCUGAUCCCAAACCAGGACAUGCAGUCGUUUCUGAAGCCUCAGCGUUUUCUGACCCCGUUAGUGUUCAGUGGAUGACAUUUUAGCAGAUGGUUGGUUUUAAAGCUGCUUUUAUCUUGUAAAGGCUCACCUUUAACUGUAGUUUUUUUGUUUUUUACACAUUACAAAGCCCACAGUUGCACCAGUUAUCACAGCUAUUACACUCUUUUCUUUGGUCUCUUUGAAAUAUUCAGCACAUUUGAAUACACUGUAAUGAGCAUUAUAGGGAGAAACCCCCCCAAAGAUAUUUAAGGAGGCUAUACGCGGCUGAUGCACGUGUUCCUGCAGAAGCAUGCUGGGAAAAACGGUUUAAAUUGAAAUGCAUUUGUUCCAUUUGUCAAAUAAAGUAACCAGACUGUUAAGAUUGUCCUUCAAAGUCUCUUCUGACUGUUCAAGAAGUAAAGUGUCUGUCUGUCUGUCUGAGAACUGCAGUGCCUUAUUUCCUCCCACUCCCAGGUUUUGUUCAAUAAAAGCACUUUGUCAGCUCUC